AGGUAUUUUGUUCUCAUCCUUCGUCCUCGCCGGAGCAGCUCUCGAGAUUUGUAGUUUUUAUUUUUCGCGCGCGCGAUUUCUCAGUUAAAUUUUCAAGCGUCAAAUCAUCUGUGAGAAUAUUCAAAAGUGAAGAACGAAACGAGUGUGUGCUGUGGGAAAAGUGAAUCAACUGUGAAUUUUUCAACACAAAUAAAUCGAAUCAAGUGAUUGCAAGUGCGAAAAUUCUAAUCUGAAAAAAAACAAGCCAAUUUGUGCCCAAAACAGUGUGCCAGUGAGAUUUCCGGUUCGGAUAUACCCAUUUAAGGUGACACCCGAGUCACCUGCCAACGGCUUCAUCAUUUUCCUCGUCAACUACCAGAACAGCAACAGCAGAAUGCCGGGACGUCCACUGUGGCAGGUCGCCGGAAAGCGCGACAAGGACCAGGAACGCGAAGCCCAGCACUGGAUCGAGACGCUGCUCGGGGAAAAGUUCACCGCCGGAUUCGCCUACGAGGACUGCCUGCGCGACGGCAUUCUGCUGUGCCGCCUCAUGAAUCGCCUUUCGCCCGGCAUCGUGCCGAAAAUCAACACCAGCGGCGGCGACUACAAAAUGAUGGACAACAUCAGCCAAUUCCAGAAGGCCUGCAUCAAGUACGGCGUCGCCGACGUGGACCUGUUCCAGACGACGGAUCUGUGGGACAAGAAGAACGUCGCGCUGGUCACCACCACCAUCUUUGCGGUCGGACGGGCGUGCUACCGCCACCCGGAGUUCCGCGGGCCCUACCUGGGACCACGGCCCUCGGAGGAGAAUCGGCGCGAGUUUACCGAGGAGCAGCUGCGGGCCGGCGAGGGCCUGAUCGGGCUGCAGGCCGGCUCCAACAAGGGUGCCACCCAGGCCGGUCUCAACUUUGGCGCCACGCGGAAGAUUCUGCUCGGCAAGUGAGCCAUGUGGGUGCUUGAACAAAAACAAA